AUGUUGCUGUUACACAAAAGGCUACACCACGUGAUUUCUGUUCAGGCAUCAGUGAUCACCAAGCCCUCCUCCACACCGCCAAAUAUCAUCUUCUUUUUGGCUGAUGACCUGGGAUGGGCGGACACAAGUUUCCGCGGCAACCCGCAGAUACCGACCCCGAACCUGGACGCUCUGGCGUCGUCGGGAAUCAUCCUGAACAACUACUACGUGCUGCCUUCCUGUACUCCGUCCAGGGGUGCUCUCAUGACUGGCCUCUACCCUAUUCAUACAGGGCUGCAGCAUUCCCUCCUACUGGAAGCGGAACCGCGGGGCCUGUCGCACAAUUUCACAAUCAUACCUGAGCACCUGAAAGAUCUGGGCUACACUAGUCACCUGGUUGGAAAGUGGAAUUUAGGUUACUACAAGGAAAGUUUCACGCCGACUUACAGGGGAUUCGAUUCUUUCUACGGCUACUACAACGGGGGCGAAGACUACUACACGCACACGUUCGCUGCGGUCUAUAAUAACGAAACAUACGUUGGACUAGACUUUUGGAAUAACACGACGCCUGUUCUGGAUCAAGGGGGCCAUUACUCAACGAGGUUGUUUACGAAAAGGGCCAUUUCGCUAAUUGAGGCUCACGAUAAAGCCAAGCCUCUCUUCUUGUACAUGGCACAUCAGGCCGCGCAUGUCGGUGACUACACCGUUGGGCUUAAAGCUCCUGCGUCCUCGGUGGCACACUUCCCCUACAUACACGACUUGAACAGGUCCAUACAUGCAGGGGCGGUCUACGAGCUGGACGAAUCUGUUCGCCUGGUGAUGGAGUCACUCAAGCGGAAAGGAAUGCUGGAGAACAGCGUCGUGGCCUUCAGCACCGACAACGGAGGUCUUCCGUGGGGUGAUGACUCCAACAGUGGCUUCAACUGGCCUCUGCGGGGCGGCAAGGCGACCCUGUGGGAAGGAGGCGUCAGGGGAGCAGCCUUUGUCUGGAGCCCCCUGCUGUCGAGAGUAGGUCGACUCUCGAACCAGAUGAUGCGCAUCACCGACUGGUUGCCCACUCUCUAUUCUGCAGCAGGAGGAGACGUGUCGAGGCUCGGUGAUAUCGACGGCAAGGACAUGUGGGAAGCCCUCUCCGAAGACCUUCCUUCUCCGCGACAUGAAAUCCUUCUCAACAUCGAUCCGGUCAACAAUAUCUCCGGGUUGAUCGUUGACAACCGCAAGGUAGUCCUUGGAACGUACCGUAGCGGAUUGUUCGAUGGCCGCGCGCCAGUGCCAGGGGGCACGCGACCCGUGGAAGGUCUCGACCGAAUGAUGCUGGACUCUCGAACCGGUGCUGUGCUCAGGGACUUCUACGACGUCCGCGAACUCGCGGUUAGGCCUAACUGGCGCCAAGAAGUGGUGGUAAACUGUUCUCGGCGCAACGCCGGGCGGAACUUUGUGGCCGCCAGUCCUCCCUACUACUUCGACAUACAGCUGGAUCCCUGCGAGCUCGACAACUUGUCGUCCACGAACGUGACGGAACUCGAGGAGAUGAUGCAAAAGCUCGCAGCCUACGCAGCGACCAUGGUUCCACCGGCCAAUUUACCGGUAGACCCCAGGGGUCUCCCGAAGUACCACCACGGAUUGGGGGCGCCUUGGCUCUGA